UUUCGCUCUCAAGAAAAAUCAGUUCUUUUUUUUUGGUUUAGCUAUCGGCAACGAAAUGAAAUAUUUUCUCAUUGAGAUGGCUUCUCUUCAAAUGUUGAAGUCCUCUCUCUCCCCUAUGCCCGUUUCCCAGUCAAAUUUUCAGGGAAAAUCCAGCUGGAUUUUCUCGGGAAUCCAGUCCAGGAAAAGUUCUAUCAGGUUGUCAAGUUAUCGGGGGUCUGGAUAUUACUUGAGAAGGAGAUUAAGGGUCUGCUGCAAAGCUCAAGAAGGCGACAACAAAAGCAAUGGUGAAGAACCUCCGGAGUCACUGUUUAUGAAGGAAUUAAGGAGGAGGGGUAUGACUCCCACUUCUUUGCUUGAGGAAAAAGAGAGGAUUGAGUAUGGAGCCAAUGAUGAGAUGGGAAAAGAAGAUAGAGGUUUUUCAACUAGAAAUGCGGUCUCAACUGAAAUUGAGAAAAGCCUAGCUAAUCAAAGGGAGCGCUCCAUGCAGUUGAACAGUGAAGGCCUUGAGGGGCUAAUCCCUCGGGCCAGACUCUUGCUGACAAUUGGGGGGACAUUCUUCUUGGGGUUUUGGCCAUUAAUACUUAUAACUGUAGCACUCUUCUCUGCUCUCUACUUGUACUUUGGAUCAACUUUUAUCCACGACGGAAGCAGUUCGCCAAUAUCACCACCCCAAUACAUUGAUCCGUAUGAACUUCUGGAAGACGAAAGGAUUUCUCAAAUAGCACCUCGUGUAAAUUGAAGCACAAAGUCUUUCACAUAACUUAGAAUCCAAAUACAGGUUUCUCUCAACUAUUUUAUUGGCUCUUGUUUAUUCUUUCUCUGUAUAAAUCUCUAACUUAUCAAUAACUUUCUCUGCUGUUUAUUGCGAUGUUGUUCUGGGGCUAAUAGGCCUCGAACAUUAAUAUGUACUGAAUCAAGUUUCUUUUUGCACAUUUUAUGUACAAUAUUUACCUGAAGUAAUUAAAUGUUAAAAUUGAAAA